AUGGAUGAUUCAACUAGUUUAAGUAGUUUAAAUUCAGCUGAUUUUAUUCUCAUUAAUAAAGAACAACCUCAACUGAAAGUUGCUGCUGGUGGUGAAAUUAUUGAUUUAGAAAAAAAUAUGGCGGAAAUAUUAAAUGAAACUUCUGACAGCAAUGUUCCUAUAUCUGAAUCAAAUCCCGAUGACAAUGUUUCUCAAACAUCAACUGAACAAAAAGAAUCUCGACCUGAUCUGACUACUAGUGUACUUUUUCAUGGUGUAACCUAUUUAGGAUCUGCUAGUGUAAAUGCACCUCGAUCUGAAGAAGAACUUCAUAGAAAUAUGGCUAUUUUAAAUGAACAAAGUAAAGUUGCUCUGGAAGUUACUCUAUGUGUUCCAGACAAUGCUAAUGGUAUAGUUCGACUUCUUGAUCCUCAAAGUGAAGUCGAAAUAAUGUCAUAUCGUGUGUCGCAAAUACUCUUUUGUGCUCGUGGUCCAUCAAAUAGUCCACUAUCAUGUUGUUGGGCAUUUACUGCGUCACGUCCAUCAACAUUAGCAAAUGAACAAAAUGGAAAAAAUCCAAAUGAAAUUCUUUAUCAAUGUCAAAUUUUUCGAUGUGAAAAUCAGGAUGCAAUUUAUCGAAUUUUAUUGAGUUUUGCAAACGCGUUUCGUCGAACAUCUAUGCCAACAAAUAAUCCAUCGUCAAUCUCACGUCGUACAACAUCAUUAAUUGGUCAAGCAAUUCAAGCAACUGUAGCACAAUUACAACCACAAGCAUUAAAUUCCAAUCAAUCAUCAAAUAGUCAACAAACAUUUGAUGGAUCAAUUAAAUUUCGUUGUUAUUUUGAUAUUAAAGAAGAAAAUAUUGAUAGUAAAGGAAAUGUUAUUUUAACAUCUGUACCAAGACCAGAAAAAAAUGUAUUUAAUCUACGAAAAAAUGUUCGUAAAAAUGUUAGUGUUACUCUUCAACAAAUUCGUGGUUCUCCAUUGAACAUUGAAAGAUGUUUUGGUUUACUUCUUGCUCAAGGACGAAAUGUUCGUGCAAGUGAUAUGCAAUUACUUGAUUUGGAAACCAUGGGAAAAUCAGAAGAUAAUCGAUAUUAUACUGUUAGAGGAUAUUGGAAUCCAUUGGCACGUUCUUUUAAACAUUUGACAUAUCUCAAUGAAGAAACACCCAAAGGUGCUCGUAUAUUUCUGACGGUUGCAUUAGAUAUUGUGAUAAGCGGUAUUUCUGAACCGGUUCGAUUUUCAAUUGAAGCUAAAGCUCGUAUUAAGGAAUUAAAUAAAUCAAAUGAUAUAACUUCUCAAGAUAUAAGUGAUACAAUUUGGUCAUCAUUUAAAAAAGUAACACCAUUUACUGAAGAAUUUGAUAUGAUUAUCAAACAGGUGGUAUCGAAAAAUUCUCAUCAAGAUGAAACAUAUGAAGUACUACAAUUAGAAAGCAAAUCUGAAGCUGAAAGACGAGCAAAAUUUGGUCGAUUAAUAUCAAUACCAUCAAAUAGUACAGGUGAUGAUGACGAUGAUAGUGAUGAAGCCAUAGUUAGUGGUUUUGGACAUGUAAGUAAAGAUUGUGAUGACGAAGUUCUUAGUAGUUGGUGUGAAAUAUUAAUCAAAUGGAGAAAAAAUUAUUUUGAACGUCCAAAAGGUUUACAAACACUUGUACGAAAAGGUAUUCCAGAAGCAUUACGUGGUGAAGUAUGGUCAUUAUUAGCUGGUAGUGUUAAAGAUGAAAAUGAAAUGAUUAAUACUUAUCGUUUAUUAUUAACAAAAGAAUCAGCAAGUGAAAGAAUUAUUAUUAAUGAUCUUAAUCGAACAUUUCCAGCUCAUGAAUAUUUUAAAGAACAAGGAGGAAUUGGUCAAGAAGCUUUAUAUAAAUUAAGUCGAGCUUAUUCAGUACGCGAUGAAGAAGUUGGCUAUUGUCAAGGUUUAUCAUUUGUUAUCGCAACUUUGCUUAUUCAUAUGCCUGAAGAACAAGCAUUUAUGCUAUUAUGUAAAUUAAUGGAAGAUGAACGUUAUUUAUUACGUGAAAUGUAUAAAGCAAAUUUUGAAAAUCUUCAAAUGAAAUUUUAUCAAUUAAAUUGUUUAAUAGAAGAGAACUUACCGGAUAUUUAUGCUCAUUUUUAUGAUCUUAAAGUAGAAUGCCAUAUGUUUGCUUCACAAUGGUUUUUAACAUUAUUUACUGCAAAAUUUCCACUUUAUUUAGUCUUUCGUAUUAUGGAUAUUUUUUUAUAUGAAGGUUUUAAUGCAAUUUUCGCCGUUGCUUUAGCUUUAUUAAAGUGUAAUCAAAAAGAUUUAUUAUCACUUGAUUUUGAAGGUGUUAUGAGAUACUUUCGUGUAAAUUUACCAAAAAAAUAUCUUUGUGAAGAUCAUGCUGAUGAACUUAUUCAAACUGCUUCUUCAAUGAAGAUACAUGCAAAAAAAUUAAAACGAUAUGAAAAAGAAUAUUUAUUUCAUCGUGCUGAAGAAGAACAAAAAGAAACGCCAUUGCAACGUCUUGAGGCUGAUAACAAACGUUUAACUGAAGCAUGUAUGCGUUCCGAAUUCGAAAAUGAAAUUCUUGCACUUGAAUUAGUUAAUGAUCGUAUUAGACUUAAAGGAAAUCUUCAUGAAGCAGAAGAUCAAAUUGAAAAUUUAACUCGAGAGUUAGAAGGAACUAAAACUACUGUGAGACAAAAUGAAGAACUUGCAAUUAGAUUGAAUGAAGAAUUAGAACAUAUUCGAGAAGCUUUUAGAGAUACAUGUGAUGAACUUCAACAAACACAAAAAAUGCUUCAUGAUAGUAAACGAAUUUGUUCACAAUUAAAUCAUCAAAUAGAUGAACAUAAAGAAAAAUAUAUUCAAAAAAUGGAAUUUAUCCACAAUCAUUGUUGUGAAUCAUGUCGAUUAUUAAUUUAUUCUUCUUCAUCAAGUAAUGCAUCAACACCUGAACAAGAAACAAUAAAUAAUAAUAAUAAUAAUGAUGAUGAUGAUUUAUCAUCAAUUAUUCCAUCCGCUAUUGUUGAUCGUUUACAUCGUGUUGAAAUUGAAUUAGCAGAAAAAAAAUUAGCAUUAACAGAAGCUUUAUGUGAAAAUCAAGAAUUAAUGCGUCAACUUCGACGAUCAACAUCAACAAUAAAUGAUUCCGAUUCUAUAUCUCUAUCAAGUAAUCAUUCAACUAAUCAAAAUUCAUCUGUUAGUUGGCUAUCAAAAACUGUUAAUACAAUUAAAGAAGCAGCUAAUGCAGCAAAUAGAACAAAAAUUAAUUAA